GAAAAUUGUGCACACUCGCAGUGACAUGAUCAUCCUAUCAUCAAAAUGGUAUAAGUUUGCCUGCUGAUGGGUGUAUUUUUUUUUUAAAUUACUGCCGAUAGUGUUUACCAGCAACGCUGUCAACAGUAGGACACUGUAGCACAACAGUUCACAGUGUCAGCCUGCUCCAUCCACACAUAUAUAUUUGUUUUAAACAAGCGACAAAUCUCAAGACUUCACAAUAUUAUCUAUUACACAAUUUUUGAAUGUCAUGGGAACCCUUGUUGGACUGAGAUAUGGUCUAGGACGUAAUUAUACAGGAUCAUUAAUGGAAUUGAAUAAUUGUGGAUAUACAACAGGCAGUUGUGAUGAAGAAAAAUUUCAAGAUCUCAUAAUGACGAGUAACAAUAAUAGUAAUGAUAAUAAUAAUAAUAAUUCAACAGAGCCAAAACAACCUUGGAAUAAUCCUAAUGAUAAUAAUAAUAAUAAACUUGAUAACUUAUCAAUGGCACUAUGGAUAUCAAAGCAUAGUCGUACAUUUGGUGCGUACGAAGCACAUUUAGAAACUUCAUCACUAUUGAAUAGUUUUGCGUUAGAUAUGCACGAUUUUUCAAAUUGUCAUUUGUUCACAGAAAAACCAUCCUCCUCAUCAACAUCUGCAUCGAAUUCAUCAAAUGCUAAAAAUCUGCUAGGCUUAACUCAGUUGAUUGGAUUAAGUCGUCUUAUGAAUUUUAUCAUGUAUAAAUCACGUCAAUCGAAUAAUGCAUCAUCAUCGUCAUCAAAUAGUAAUGAUAACAAUAAUAGUAAUAAUAAUAAUAAUAAUAGUAAUCCUCUCGAAGAUGCUCAUCGUCAAUAUCAUGGCUCAACAUUUACCGAUUAUAUAUUUGCUAGAGCUCAAAUGGAACAAAAAGCAAGAAGACGUAGUUAUUACUAUCCUAUUUUACAAACAUUAUCCCAUUCUAGUUCACUGAAUACAAGUUUAACAUGUAUAAAUGAGUUAAAGCAUACCGGUGUAGUUGAUACAGAAAGUUUUUUAGAGAAUUUUUUGCAUAAACAACGUAAACGUCGUCAUUAUAACAGUGAAAGUGGUUUACUACUCCCUGAAACAGAUAACUUGUCAACCCUCCAAAACGAUAGCCAAGAAGGUGGAGAUCCACAGUGUGAAAACAAUGAGGAAAAUAAUCCUGAUUAUGAUGAGAAUACUGUUAAUCUCUGUGAUGAUGUUAUAUCAUCAAUAGAUUCAAAGGAGACAGAGACGUCAACGCUAUCUUCAGAGGUUAAUAUGAAUGCAACUGAAAGCGAAAACGACUCUACCAGUGAAUCGAUGGCUGAAAAUUCUAAAUCAGACGAAAACGUCUCCACUUCUUCUCCGUCGUCUCCCUCUUCUUUGUGCACAUCUGUUGAUAAUGACAUGGAUAAUGAAUCGAAAGUGAAUAUAAAUAAAACGGAUCCUCAAUGCGCACACGAAACUGUUAACAAUACGACAACUACGACGAAUCCAAUUCCUAAUGAUCAGUCGAAUGUGAUUACAGCAUCGAAUAUUAUGAAAUCAAAUGAUGCAAUAGACGAUCAAGAUGGCAGUUGUGAUCAAGCGGAAGAAACAACUAUUAUCAAUACGUCAUUAUCAAAAGAAAAUUUAAAAUUGCAUAAGUCAGUAUCAUUUGCUGAUGAAGUUGGUAAAUCGUUGACUGAAAUCUUUAUUCUCUAUGAUGAUGACGAUGAAGAAAACGAGCAUUCACAUGAAUAUGAAGAACUAUUCGGAGUCUCAUAUUAUGGAUCAUCGAAACACGAAAUAUCAUCAAAUUCACCCUAUAGACGUUCAAAAUUUGAAAUAUUCUGUGGAGAUACCUACCUAGAUUUUAAUUACAAUACAAAAAAUCAUAAUACUAGCGAAAAUCAUGACACCAAUGGAACAUAUAAACGUUUAAAUAAUACUAACACAGAACCCCAUUAUACAUGGAGUCUUACCUUUUCACAACCAGCAUCACAUUAUUAUGAAUUUAGACAAAAAUUAGAACGGAACUCAAUUUCACUGGAGAGUAUCAGUGUCAUUCAGUCGACAGAUAAACCAAAGACAAGUUUUAUUAAACUUUCAGGUACUAUAAAAGUGAAAAAUAUCUCUUUGAAAAAUCUGUUUAUUUACGAUUAACUAAAAAUAAUUGGAAAUCAUUUACUGACUAUCAUGCAGUGUAUAGUGCUCAGUUAUCCUCUGGUACAUGGUCUGGACAACGACGAUACGAUACAUUCGUCUUUAAUAUUAUUAUCCAAUCAGAUCAAGAGUAUUUUCAUCCAGAUGAGAAAAUUGAAUUCGCCAUCUGUUUUACUACUGUAAAUAAUGAUGACAAAACAGAAUAUUGGGAUAAUUAUGAUGGAAAAAAUUAUGUGAUUGAACAGAGAAAAUUUCAUCCUUUAUUGAUUGGUACAGAAUCGUUAACACACAGUCGACUGAAAUAUCCUCACCAUCAUCGGAUUCAUCUAUGUCACCUGUCAAUGAAAUUCCACUGAAUAAUAAUAAUAAGUCAAUCAACAAUACAUUGGACAGGCAUAAUAUUACGUCAGCUAUUACUAAACCUACUAUUACUACUACUAAUACGUCUGCUGGUACUUCCACUACUGCUAAUACUACAAGCUUUAAUACCUCUUCGUAUACGCUGGACUGUCGGCCUAAUUUCGAUAGUUUCACUUCAUUCACGGAUUAUCGAGCCUGGAGUCAUUACUCGGGAGAAACAAGUUAUUAUUGAUAUUUUCGCAUUGGAUUUUUUUCUAUACAUUCACUGUGUACAUAUACAACUGAUGUACUUGAUAAAUAUCAGGAAGAUUUGGGCGCGUGUCUUAGACAUCUUAAAAGCAUAAUGGCCUUAUCGUUUUAAUUCUGAAGAGAAAUAUCACUACUACUACUACUACUAAUCACAAUAUAAGUAAUAAGGUGUAGAAGUUAAAUUAAGAAUGUAGAUAUAUAUGUAUGUAUACUUGGUUGUCAAGAUGGGUUGCUGAUAUUUGUACAUAGUUUAUAAUGCCAUUCAACCUUGUUUCAUUUUGAGAACCAAACAUACUCUUAAGUUCUUUAAUGGUUGAGUCCUCUUCGUAUACUUAUUACUUAUAUAUUCUGUGAUUAGUAAUAUACUAACUAUCUCAAGAAUGAUUGAUUAUAAAGCAUGCUAUUUUUAUCAUUUUGACAGUUUGUUUUCAUUUUAUGAAAGUAGAACAGCCAAAAUGGGAUAUUUUACUGUUUUCCUGAUUGUCCAUAUGUCAUAAAAGUAUUACAAAUGCGUACUUUCUAAUCGACUUGCCAUCCACUAUAUAUAAUUAAUACUCAUCAAUUCUAGUGGGAAAAUAUUGUCAUCGGUAAUAAUUCCUGUGCAACAGUGAACAUCCUAAUGAUAAUAAUAAUAAUAAUGACAACAUUAACAGUGAACCGCAUAAAUAGAAUUUCUUAUUUUUCAAAUUUCUUAGUAUAUUUGAUGAUGAUGGAAUAAUGGCCUUUUACUGUUUUUUUUUCUCGUCUUUUUUUUGAGUUUUGUAAUUUAUCUCACAACUUCAAUCACUGUCAAUGAAUUUUAAUAAUCAAAAUUUAAUUAAUGAAUUAAUGACAAUUUUUAACAAUUUUGGUUUCCCCAUUCUUCAUUUUUCCCAUUGGUUUUCCUACUCUCUCUUAUUUAUUUAUUUAUUUAUUUAAUUAUUUAUUGAUAUGCUCACUAGAUUUAUAUUUUCAGUUUUCAAUUUUGAACUCAUCUGAAGUCAUCCUGUUAUUGUGUUUUUGCAUUUCGUUGACUUCUCCUUCCUCUUCUUGUACUUCCCGCUCUUUUUGUCUUCAUCUUCUUCAUAAUUGAAACGCACAAAUCAAUUUUCCUUAUUUGUUUUUGUUAUAGUAAGAUAAAGGAGAAGAAAUUUUUAGUUAUCCAUGGAAAUUGUUCGUCUUCUAUAUGUUGGUAGUCAAUACGACCUAACGGGUUUACGAGUCUGUCGAACUAACUAAUGAACGUUUCUAUCCUAAUAGAUUUAGCGGCCAACAGCAGCUGUUACGAUACGCAUACUAACAACAUGUGAGCUUUUUGCUGUUACGAAUUAACAGCGAAAAGCUUGAGAUAUAUAUAUAUAUAUAUUGUAUAUUAACUCCGUCGAUAAGUUAAAACAAUUAACACACAUAAGUUUUCAACCAUCAUCUGGCGUGGAAUACAAACAUCUAGGUAGUAUUUUAAUGCUUUCGAAAAAAAUAAGGCAUUUAUAACACUUUUUUGGCUGUUUAUUCCAAUAUAUAGACUUUUAAGCGUCUAUGGAAUGUAUCGACAAACAGUAGCACUAU